GCUCCCGGGGAUGCUGCCGUGCCAGGCUUUAAACACUGGUGUCAGCAGAUGAAAUCCCCAAGGAGGGGCGAUUUCCAUCAAGCUCUGGCUGUUGUCUCUGAAAGUCCAUGCUGCUUAUUCGCUCCAGCCCUGUAGUUAAACCUCAACACCUGGGCUGUUCAGCUUUCCCCCUUGUUUUGAGCGAGGCUAGGAGAAGCUGCCAGGUUUAUACCGGCCUUCCCCUCUGCUUUUCCUUUGUCACUUUGAAUGGGAGGAGGGUGCCAGUGCUCUCAGAUGUCUGUGCUUCCACCUGCUGGGGCAGGUUUGCUGUGCUUUGCCAGGAUCCUCCAGGCCAAGGAGCAUCGUUCUGUAGUGAGUGAGCCCAUGGUCCUGCCCCAAGGGGUCUUCUACAGAUGUGACCACUCUCUUUCUCUGCUGUGGCCUUGAGGAUGUGGAAACGGAUAAGGAGAGAGAAGUUUACUGCUUUGCCUUUGUAGCUCUAAGGGACAGAUACUUUGAAGCUGUGGAGACUGGUUACAAGUUCAGGUGGUCCCUCAGGUUGGGUCCAGCAGCACUAAAAUACCUCACAGCAGCUCAACCUGCCUCUGUUAGCUCAGAGGAUCUGGCCCUUGUCUUGCCAGUUGAACCCAGUUGGCAUAAAAGGCCUUUUUAUUUUGGUCCUACAGCUAUCUGUGCCAAAUCCUGAUUCUGCUGAAGUCAGUAACAAAACACCCAUUGACUGCCGUUGGGCCAGGAUACAACCAAUGGAACCCUCAAGGAUGAGGAGUGAAGGAUGGAGGAGAGGAAAAUUAUAUUUCAUAUGCCAGAAGUGACAGAGAAAGCACUUACAUAAUUCGCUGGAUAGGUUCUCCAAGAAAACCUGAUAUAUGUUGGGGAAAGGAGGAAAGCGGAAGUUUGACGAGCAUGAAGAUGGGUUGGAAGGCAAAGUGGUGUCUCCCACUGAUGGUCCCUCUAAGGUGUCUUACACCUUACAGCGUCAGACUAUCUUCAACAUUUCCCUUAUGAAACUUUAUAACCACAGGCCAUUAACCGAGCCAAGCUUGCAAAAGACAGUUUUAAUUAACAACAUGUUGAGGCGGAUCCAGGAAGAACUCAAACAAGAAGGCAGCUUGAGGCCCAUGUUUGUGGCCGCUUCGCAGCCUGCCGACCCUCUCAGCGACAACUUCCGCGAGGCGCAGCCGGCGUUCAGCCACCUGGCCUCGCCCCCCCUGCUCCCCGCCGACUUGGUAAGCACUAUGCCCCUGGAGUCCUGCCUCACCCCGGCCUCUCUGCUCGAGGACGACACUUUUUGCACUUCCCCGGCUGUCCAGCACGAUGGUCCGACGAAGCCGCCACCUCCUGCUCUCCAACCAGUAAAGGACAGCUUCUCCUCAGCCUUGGACGAAAUCGAGGAGCUUUGUCCAGCACCUACCUCCGCAGAGGCAGUAGCAGCUGAAUCAGCAGCCGACGACUCUAAAGCCCAGCCCAGCGAGUCCAACAUUCACAAGCCCGAGGGCCUCCCGGAGAGCAGAACGGCUGAGCCCAAACUCAUGGACCCCCUGCCUGGCAACUUUGAGAUAACAGCUUCCACAGGUUUCCUCACAGACUUGACCCUGGAUGACAUUCUGUUCGCUGACAUUGAUACGUCCAUGUAUGAUUUUGACCCCUGCACGUCUGCCACGGGGGCUGCCUCAAAAAUGGCUCCUGUCUCAGCAGAUGAGCUCCUAAAGACUCUCGCUCCGUACAGCAGUCAACCAGUAACUCCAAAUCAGCCUUUCAAAAUGGAUCUCACAGAACUGGAUCACAUCAUGGAGGUGCUUGUUGGGUCUUAAAAAAAUAUUAGAAAUAUAGCAACUUUUUUUUUCCUUUUGUUGGAAUUUUUUUUUUUAAUUUUAUUUUAAGUACCAGUAUAUACACUCGGUAGUAUUUCCAUAGUCCCUCCCAGCCCCGAUUCACAGCACUGUGCAUGCAUCCUUGCUUGCCUUUUUUGAAAAGAAAAGGAUCACACUAGUUUUUGCUUCGAGCAGAGUUGGAGUGCCUUCAUCCAUGUAUGACCACUUCUAAUGUAUUUUUUUUAAAGUGGUUCCUCAAGGAAGACCGAAUAUCCUGGUAUAGGAAAGAAUAUGUAUUGUAGACAAUGUUAUGUUAUUACAAAAAAAAAAAAAAAAGGAAAAAAAAAAAAAAAAAAAAAAAAAAAAAAAAAAAGAAAAAAAAAAAGGAAAAAAAAAAGAAGAAAGAAAAAAGGAAAAAAAAAAGGUAAAAGCUAAGCACAAGGAUUAUGUUGGGGAAAGCUGUAAA